UCUCUGGGAGGCGUUCCUCGUAUCCUCUUUCCUCUUGUCUGUUAUCCGCACCCCCACCCCUGCCUUUGCCUCUCUCUUUCUCUCUCUCACACACACACACACACACACACACUCACACACCCUCUCUUCUCUCUGCCGGCCAUCUCGGCGCCUUUCCUCCCUGGCGCUGGCCUUCCAGAAGCGGGCCAGGCCCUUUCUGGGAACCGCCGCACGGCGAUCCGACGGCGCCCCAGGGAGGGGGCAGGUGAGACUGGAGAAAGCUCCGCCUGAGCAGCCCCGGAGGAAGGUGGCGCCCGCGCGGAUCCGCCGCCCAGGCCCUGUUCUCGCCCCACGCAUGUUGGCGCCAGGGGGACGAGAACGCACGAGUCCCUUCGCGCCCCCGCGCCGUCGGCGCCGCCGCCCGAGACCUAGACGCUGGGCCCAGAGCCCUCCCAGGGCGGGGGCGGGGACGGCGACCCGCCGCCGCCCAGCUCCUGGCCUCGGCGCCGUCACCUCCGUCCUUAAGCUCCGUGGUGCCCAAAGCCCGGGGUUCCUGCAGCCUAGGAAGAUGCGCGGAGGACGGCGCGGUCCGGAGAGAGGGCGCCAAAGGCGACACGCCGGCGGCCAGCUCCAGGCCAAGCCCAGUCCGUCUGCAGGAACCGGCCCCCUUCACUCGGCGCGGGACACCGAGCAGCGCGAGGAUCUUCUUCUACGCGGACUCAACGCCAGGGCGCCACCUAGAGGCCUGCGACGGCCUCAGCCUCAUCCACCGGCGACUACAGAGCUGCUUCCCCAGCCUCAGCCAGAAAUUGCGGCGGGAAAUCCAGCUCAGGUCUCAGGAACACUUCCGGCACCUUUGACUUGUCUGAGCAACCCCGCCUUUAAUGAACUCUAGGAAGGGACACGGGCCUGGAAGGUCCAGAAAUACUGAUUUUUGUGACUCCCACUAAAUGGAAGGGGGUCUCAAUUUCGAUUUCUUUGAGGAUCCUGUGUUGUACAUCUCUGUCUGCAUUGCCUCCUCUCACCACCUAAAUUGUCCGACCCCCUCCAAUUAUGCUAGAGUUUUGCUUUAUCUUAAAGGAAGGGAGUAGGGAAAUUUGCCCCUCAAUCUUACAGCUUGGUCAUCUACAUUUUCAAUUUUCUGAAUAAUUUGGAGAUGGACAUGCUUUUGGAAAAGUAUUUGGAAAGCUUUUGAGGGUGAAAAGAAACAUUGCCUAAAUGGUCUUUACUCACUGAGUGACCAUCAACUAGUGUAUGAGUGACAUGCAGGCGGGUCCUUGUUGGCACCAGCGCCCCUGUCGGUGGGUGUCUGCGUUGAGCAUUUGAAAGUUGACUCUGGGGCCAGGCGAACUCAGAAUGAAAAGGCUGCCCAGCAUCUAUGGGACUCGGUUUCAGGUGCUGGAGGCUCCAUACAGAGAGUUUUAUUUUUUAAACUGGAAUCCAUGGCCUCAGCCUGGGUUCUGGAGGUGGGGUGAGGGGAAGCCACAAAGCCCCUGAAAAGUGUGCAAAAUGUGUGUGUGCUCAGGUGUGUCAUUCUCAGGCUGCGGUCUCUUCAGUUUUUCCAGAUUCCACAGAGACCCAGGUCAGCAAUGGGCAGGGAGCCAGCACACUGACCUGUCCCUACUGCAGGCCCAGACCAGGACCCUAGGGGAGCAGGAGUGGACAAUAACACUCUUGAAUGGUGUGGAAACUGCUGCCCCUCAGUUCUGCCCUCCUCCUGUCACUAACAACUCGAAGAGGCAAAUCCUCCCUGACAGAAGGAUUGACUGCCAGUCUGCUGAAUAACAUAUACUUAUUUUAUUUAGUAAAAACAAAUACAUGGGGAAGUGAAGCGAGGGAGCUGGGGCACAUAAUGAAUGAGAAGGGGAGCUGGAGGGGCCUCCCCAUGCGUAUCCUGAAUAUGAAUGUUGGCAUAAACAAGCUACUUCCUGUCCUCCAGCUGUGGGGGAGCUCCCUCCUUCCUCCUUCUGGUGGAAGGAAGGAGCCAAAGGACCUUCCCCACCCCUCCCCAGCUGAGGCAAAGUGAAACUGCCUGCAGCAGAGUUAGCCUUUCAGAACAUUUGUAAACUGUAAACUACGGCCUAGCAUUUUCCCUGUUCGUUUCCACUUUUCAUCCCAUUUUUUAAAAAUCCCCAGUAGUGCUUUGGGGUCUUUUCUUGGAACGGGAGGUGGUGGAGUUGGCUGGUCACACAGGGCCGCACCUGCGUGUCUGUGCGAGGAAGGUGACAGUCAGUGCACCAAACCCCCACCUGCGUCUGCAGCUGAGCCUCAGUCCUGUACCCAAGCCUUGCCUGGGCCUCUUA